CAAAUGGCUCCCCUUAUGUUCCUGGCCGUUGCGUGGAUGUUUACUGGAACACGAGCUAUCGCCUGCUCUGACUAUCAGCACUGUUUAGACUGUGACGAGAAGACUGGAGAAUGUCUCAAGUGUAACGAUGGCUACUGGGACAAACGGUGCAGUUUGAAGUGCAGCAGUGGUUGUCGAAAUAAUACAUGUGAGAUGACAACAGACGGGAUCGAGGGGUGUACUGCUGGCUGUGUGGCAGGCUUCCAAGGCACAAGCUGCAGCGUACGGUGUGAUCCUCCUGCUGGUAAUUGUACACAAUGUCCUGGUGGAUGUGAAGAAGGAUUCUGCCAGAUGGACUCCUCCUGUGUGUCAGGAUGUGUGGACUCCUACUACGGUUCUGACUGUCGACCGUGCUCCAGCAGGUGUCGGUCCUGCAACAGGAUUACAGGAGCAUGUGAGGAGUGUCACCAUCCGUACGUUGGUGGAGGCUGUCAGUAUUCCUGUACAAACUGUUCAGGUAGCUGUGCGAGUGAAUGUGUCAAGGAGUGA